UUCACUCAUGACCCUGUGACAUCAGCGGCAGCAGCUGUCCCCGCCGGCCCGGCCCCCCAGCCAAGUCCCCCAGAGCUCCAGCCCGGCCCGAGGUGGGCACGGCUCUGCGGACUUGUCAGCCUCUGCUCUGCUCCCAUCCGCCAGUUGAAGCCACACUGUUCCCGGAACCCUGGGCCAGGAGGUAUUUGAAGGCCCCAAGUCCCUGAGGCCAGGAGGAUCUGCUCGGUUUGCUUUUGAUCCUGAGGGAGGCACACCCCACUGCCAGGCAGAGUGUGGGGUGGCGCCCGGGGCUCGGGGGUGAUGGUCUGUGCCCGACACCUGUGCCGCAGCAGCAGCAGCAGCCGAACCUCACAGGCACCGCUCCCAGUUCUCACAGGGCCUGCACACCCCCCUCCGCGGCCCAGCCCCUGGCCAGGCAGGAGGUAAGGAGUGGACAGCAGGCCCAGCGCUGGGUGGCUGCCCUGCACCCCAGGGCCCCGGCCACCUGCCACCCUCCAGGCCCCUGAGCCCAGGAUGCGAGGAUGGCCAGUUCAUCUCUGCCCACCGUGGUGCCUCUGGGCCCCGAGUGCCUGCGGCCCUUCACCCGGGAGUCCCUGGCGGCCAUAGAGCGGCGGGCGGUGGAGGAGGAGGCCCGGCAGCAGCGGAACAAACAGAUGGAGGUGGAGGAGCCAGAGCGGAAGCCACGCAGCGACCUGGAGGCCGGCAAGAACCUGCCCCUCAUCUACGGGGACCCCCCGCCCACGGUCAUCGGCAUCCCCCUGGAAGACCUGGACCCCUACUACAGUGACAAGAAGACCUUCAUCGUCCUCAACAAGGGCAAGGCCAUCUUCCGCUUCUCGGCCACGCCCGCCCUCUACAUGCUGAGCCCCUUCAACAUCGUCCGGCGCUGCGCCAUCAAGGUGCUCAUUCACUCGCUGUUCAGCAUGUUCAUCAUGAUCACCAUUCUGACCAACUGCGUGUUCAUGACCAUGAGUAACCCGCCCGCCUGGUCCAAGAACGUGGAGUACACCUUCACCGGGAUCUACACCUUCGAGUCCCUCAUCAAGAUGCUGGCCCGAGGCUUCUGCAUCGAUGACUUCACAUUCCUCCGGGACCCCUGGAACUGGCUGGACUUCAGCGUCAUCACGAUGGCGUACCUGACGGAGUUCGUGGACUUGGGCAACAUCUCAGCCCUGAGGACUUUCCGGGUGCUGCGGGCCCUGAAAACCAUCACGGUCAUCCCAGGGCUGAAGACGAUCGUGGGCGCCCUGAUCCAGUCCGUGAAGAAGCUGUCAGAUGUAAUGAUCCUUACCGUGUUCUGCCUGAGCGUCUUCGCCCUGGUGGGGCUGCAGCUCUUCAUGGGGAACCUGCGGCAGAAGUGUGUACGCUGGCCCCCGCCCUUCAACGACACCAACACCACGUGGUAUGGCAACGACACGUGGUACGGCAACGACACGUGGGACGACGGCCGCGAGAGCUGGGCCAGCAACUACACCUUUGACUGGGACGCCUACAUCAACGACGAAGGGAACUUCUACUUCCUGGAGGGCGCCAACGACGCCCUGCUCUGUGGGAACAGCAGUGACGCGGGGCACUGCCCCGAGGGUUACGAGUGCAUCAAGGCUGGGCGAAACCCCAACUAUGGCUACACCAGCUACGACACCUUCAGCUGGGCCUUCCUGGCGCUCUUCCGCCUCAUGACACAGGACUACUGGGAGAACCUCUUCCAGCUGACCCUGCGAGCAGCUGGCAAGACCUACAUGAUCUUCUUCGUCGUCAUCAUCUUCCUGGGCUCCUUCUACCUCAUCAACCUGAUCCUGGCCGUGGUGGCCAUGGCCUACGCAGAGCAGAAUGAGGCCACCCUGGCCGAGGACCAGGAGAAGGAGGAGGAGUUCCAGCAGAUGCUGGAGAAGUUCAAGAAGCAGCAGGAAGAACAGGAAAAGGCCAAGGCCGCCCAGGCUCUGGAAGGUGGGGAGGCAGCCGGGGACCCCACCCACAGCAAAGACUGCAACGGCAGCCUGGACACGGCGCCAGGAGAGAAGGGAGCCCCGAGGCAGAGCUGCAGCGCAGAAAGCGCCAUUUCAGACGCUAUGGAGGAGCUGGAAGAGGCCCACCAGAAGUGCCCACCUUGGUGGUACAAGUGCGCCCACAAAGUGCUCAUAUGGAACUGCUGCACCCCUUGGGUGAAGUUCAAGAACAUCGUCCACCUGAUCGUCAUGGACCCCUUCGUGGACCUGGGCAUCACCAUCUGCAUCGUGCUCAACACCCUGUUCAUGGCCAUGGAGCACUACCCCAUGACCGAGCACUUCGACAACGUGCUCUCUGUGGGCAACCUGGUCUUCACGGGCAUCUUCACAGCCGAGAUGGUGCUGAAGCUGAUCGCCAUGGACCCCUACGAGUAUUUCCAGCAGGGCUGGAACAUCUUUGACAGCAUCAUCGUCACGCUCAGCCUGGUGGAGCUGGGGCUGGCCAACGUGCAGGGGCUGUCGGUGCUCCGCUCCUUCCGUCUGCUGCGAGUCUUCAAGCUGGCCAAGUCGUGGCCGACGCUCAACAUGCUCAUCAAGAUCAUUGGCAACUCGGUGGGGGCGCUGGGCAACCUGACGCUGGUGCUGGCCAUCAUCGUGUUCAUCUUCGCCGUGGUGGGCAUGCAGCUGUUCGGCAAGAGCUACAAGGAGUGCGUGUGCAAGAUCGCCGCCGACUGCAGCCUGCCCCGCUGGCACAUGUACGACUUCUUCCACUCCUUCCUCAUCGUCUUCCGCAUCCUGUGCGGGGAGUGGAUCGAGACCAUGUGGGACUGCAUGGAGGUGGCCGGCCAGGCCAUGUGCCUCACCGUCUUCCUCAUGGUCAUGGUCAUCGGCAACCUUGUGGUCCUGAACCUGUUCCUGGCCCUGCUCCUGAGCUCCUUCAGUGCCGACAGCCUGGCUGCCUCGGACGAGGACGGCGAGAUGAACAACCUGCAGAUCGCCAUCGCUCGCAUCAAGUGGGGCAUCGGCUUCGCCAAGGCCUUCAUCCUGGGGCUCCUGCACGGCAAGAUCUUGAGCCCCAAGGAUAUAAUGCUCAGCCUCGGGGAGCCCGGGGGCGCUGGGGGUGCUGGAGAGGCUGGGGAGAGCGCCCCCGGGGACGAGAAGAAGGAGCCGCCCCCUGAGGAGGAGGAGGACAAGGACCUGAAGAAGGACAACCACUUCCUGAACCACGUGGGCCUGGCCGACGGCCCUCCCCCGGGCAUCGAGCUGGACCACCUCAACUUCAUCAACAACCCCUACCUGACCAUACAGGUGCCCAUCGCCUCCGAGGAGUCCGACUUGGAGAUGCCCACGGAGGAGGAGACCGACACCUUCUCAGAGCCCGAGGACAGCAAGAAGCCGCUGCAGCCCCCGGACGGGAACUCCUCCGUCUGCAGCACGGCUGACUACAAGCCCCCUGAGGAGGACCCCGAAGAGCAGGCCGAGGAGAACCCCGACGGGGAGCAGCCCGAGGAGUGCUUCACCGAGGCCUGUGUGCAGCGCUGUCCCUUCCUCUACGUGGACAUCUCCCAGGGCCGCGGGAAGCAGUGGUGGACCCUGCGCAGGGCCUGCUUCAAGAUUGUCGAGCACAAUUGGUUCGAGACCUUCAUUGUCUUCAUGAUCCUGCUCAGCAGUGGGGCCCUGGCCUUCGAGGACAUCCACAUCGAGCAGCGGCGGGUCAUCCGCACCAUCCUGGAAUACGCCGACAAGGUCUUCACCUACAUCUUCAUCGUGGAAAUGCUGCUCAAGUGGGUGGCCUACGGCUUCAAGGUGUACUUCACCAACGCCUGGUGCUGGCUGGACUUCCUCAUCGUGGACGUCUCCAUCAUCAGCCUGGUGGCCAACUGGCUAGGCUAUUCGGAGCUGGGACCCAUCAAAUCCCUGCGGACGCUGCGGGCCCUGCGUCCCCUGAGGGCACUUUCCCGAUUCGAGGGCAUGAGGGUAGUGGUGAACGCCCUCCUGGGCGCCAUCCCCUCCAUCAUGAACGUACUGCUCGUCUGCCUCAUCUUCUGGCUCAUCUUCAGCAUCAUGGGCGUGAACCUGUUCGCCGGCAAAUUCUACUACUGCAUCAACACCACCACCUCCGAGAGGUUUGACGUGUCCGAGGUGAACAACAAGUCCGAGUGUGAGAGCCUCAUGCACACAGGCCAAGUCCGCUGGCUCAACGUCAAGGUCAACUACGACAACGUGGGCUUGGGCUACCUCUCCCUGCUGCAGGUGGCCACCUUCAAGGGUUGGAUGGACAUCAUGUAUGCAGCUGUGGACUCCCGGGAGAAGGAGGAGCAGCCAGCUUACGAGGUGAACCUCUACAUGUACCUGUACUUCGUCAUCUUCAUCAUCUUCGGGUCCUUCUUCACCCUCAACCUCUUCAUCGGUGUCAUCAUUGACAACUUCAACCAGCAAAAGAAAAAGUUUGGAGGGAAGGACAUCUUCAUGACGGAGGAGCAGAAGAAAUACUACAACGCCAUGAAGAAGCUCGGGGCCAAAAAGCCUCAGAAGCCGAUCCCCCGGCCCCAGAACAAGAUCCAGGGCAUGGUGUACGACCUGGUGACCCAGCAGAUGUUCGACAUCAUCAUCAUGAUCCUCAUCUGCCUCAACAUGGUCACGAUGAUGGUGGAGACGGACGACCAGAGCGAGCUCAAGGUGGACAUCCUCUACAACAUCAACAUGGUCUUCAUCGUCAUCUUCACGGGCGAGUGCGUGCUCAAGAUGCUCGCGCUGCGCCAGUACUACUUCACCGUCGGCUGGAACAUCUUCGACUUCGUGGUCGUCAUCCUGUCCAUCGUGGGCCUGGCGCUCUCCGACCUGAUCCAGAAGUACUUCGUGUCCCCGACCCUGUUCCGCGUGAUCCGCCUGGCGCGCAUCGGGCGCGUGCUGCGUCUGAUCCGCGGGGCCAAGGGCAUCCGGACGCUGCUCUUCGCCCUCAUGAUGUCGCUGCCAGCCCUCUUCAACAUCGGCCUCCUGCUCUUCCUGGUCAUGUUCAUCUACUCCAUCUUCGGCAUGUCCAACUUCGCCUACGUCAAGAAGGAGUCGGGCAUCGACGACAUGUUCAACUUCGAGACCUUCGGCAACAGCAUCAUCUGCCUCUUUGAGAUCACCACGUCGGCCGGCUGGGACGGGCUGCUGAACCCCAUCCUCAACAGCGGGCCGCCGGACUGCGACCCCACCCUGGAGAACCCGGGCACCAGCGUCAGGGGCGACUGCGGCAACCCCUCCAUCGGCAUCUGCUUCUUCUGCAGCUACAUCAUUAUCUCCUUCCUCAUCGUGGUCAACAUGUACAUCGCCAUCAUCCUGGAGAACUUCAACGUGGCCACCGAGGAGAGCAGCGAGCCGCUUGGCGAGGACGACUUCGAGAUGUUCUACGAGACGUGGGAGAAGUUUGACCCCGACGCCACCCAGUUCAUCGACUACUGCCGCCUCUCCGACUUCGUGGACACGCUACAGGAGCCGCUGCGGAUCGCCAAGCCCAACAAGAUCAAGCUCAUCACGCUGGACCUGCCCAUGGUGCCGGGCGACAAGAUCCACUGCCUGGACAUCCUCUUCGCCCUGACCAAGGAGGUGCUGGGUGACUCUGGGGAGAUGGACGCCCUCAAGGAGACCAUGGAGGAGAAGUUCAUGGCGGCCAACCCGUCCAAGGUCUCCUACGAGCCCAUCACCACCACCCUCAAGCGGAAGCACGAGGAGGUGUGUGCCAUCAAGAUUCAGAGGGCCUACCGCCGGCACCUGCUGCAGCGCUCGGUGAAGCAGGCGUCCUACAUGUACCGCCACGGCCAGAACGGUGGUGGGGAUGGGGACGAGGCUCCUGAGAAGGAGGGGCUGAUCGCCGACUCCAUGAGCAAGAUGUACGGCCCAGAGAACCGGGACAGCAGUGCGCACAGCCAGGAGCGGGAGAAGGGCUCCCCCGAGGACGCCAGCCCCGCCGUGGGGCUCCAGCCCGGCAGCCCCCCAGACACUGAGCUCCUCGCCGCCCCUGCUCUGCGGCAGACUGUGCGCCCAGGGGUCAAAGAGUCUCUGGUCUAGUGGGCAGCGUGGAGGUGGCCAAGAUGAGCCUUGGCACAGCCCGCAAAGCUCCCGGAAGUGCCUGCAUACUGAGCGAAGGGGCGGGGCUUUAGCUCCCUCGUGGGGGACAGGAUCUGGCCGCGCUGGGGCUGACAGCCGGGGCCCACGCACCUGCCUUCCCAGGUCGUGGGAAAUGAGAACUGUGCUCAGGGGCUCCAUGCUGGGCCUGAGGCCCCUGCCUCCGUGAUUUCCACCUUGAAGUUGUCUUACCUCCUCGUGGGCCCGGCCAGCCAGCAGAAGGAGGUUAGACCGGCAGACACCUGCCCCUCACCAGGGGAGGGGCCGGCCUACCACGGGGCGUUGGCUGCCCUCCUGUCCCCACAGUCUUAAGGGCUGCUGGCCUCUCCCCAGGAAGUGGCUCAGGCCCCCCAGCCCCAGCAUGGACAGAGACCUCCUCACCACAGGGCGCACAGACACCUGGCCCAGGCUGCUGCCAGCCCUCCCCUCUGCCUCAGGGGCCAGGAAUUCCCUGGGAAAGGGAAAGGGCACCGGUUCCAAAGGAGCUCCACACUUCGGCCUGAUGUGUUGGGCAGGGGUUGAGAUCCUGAACCUCUUCCUGGGCCGUGUCCAGGUCCAGAGAGGGCUCCCCAGCUGGCCCCGAGGGGAAGAGCAGAAGGGAAGAUCCACCUGGGAGCACCCUUGUCUAGGGAGCAUGGAUGCAUAAUGCAGGCUGGGUCUGGCAGCUGUGUCGCUGCUUGUGGCCUGAGCAGCCAGGCCUGGGUAGGGUCAGUGAAAAGAUUCUCUUCUUUCCUCUUUCCCUUCCUCUCCCCCACCCCAUUGGCACUACCAGGGCUCCCUGGAGCCCCAUCAAGCCCAAGAUCCCCACCGCCUGGUCUCCCCCCCAUGUCUGUGUCUUCCUCCCACCUCAUCCUUUUCCCCUCUCCUCAAAUUGACCCUAAAAAUGUUACCGCUUAGCUGGUGACACUGGGGCACACAGCAGAGAAGGCGCACCUGGCUCAGGUUCAACCUUCCAACUUCCUGCUGCCUGGAAAGCCAGGUGGCACUGCCAUUGGCACCAUCAGUCCGGGCAUGGCCGCACCAGGCUCUGCUGGUUCCCAGAGAACAGAGGCUGGGCCUGGAGGAGAGGGUGAGAUACCUGCUCAGGGGUCACUGGAGUUAGUCACUUGUGUGUGUGACUGUGUCUGCUUGUAGGCCUGUGGGGAUAGCUGUGUGUGUGUGUGCAUAAGCCGCUGUGUACUACUGCCUGAACAUGCUUGUGUGUCUGGGUAUUUUUGUGUCUGUGUGUGUCAGUGUGCCCUGCAGUAUCUGAGGGUCUGUGUGUGUGUUCUAUGUAGGCCUGUUCACAUGAAUGUACCUGUGUGUGGGAGAGUGUGUGGAUGAGUGUGAACACAUGGCAAGGUUUAUACUUUGAGUCUCCUAUUGGUCUAAAUGCUUCUUCUUUUUCUUGGAUCUCAUGAAUAGUUUAAUUAAAACUCAGGAAGCAGCAAAACCUUCAAAACAAGAUGAAUGUGUGUGCACACAUGUGUAUGUGUGUUCACACAUGCACACACCUGUGGGCCAGUUUUCCUUGUUGUCUGCUGUGCUCUCUGCCUGCUCCCUGUCCUGCCAGGGCUUGCCUCUCCCUCCCUCACUGCCCACGAGCUCCUCCCUUGGCCUUGCUCUUUCAUCAUCACAUGCCCAUGGCCUCAACCCUGCUCCCACCUCGACUCCUAGCUCGUCCCUGGAGAUUCUGCCUCUUCCUGCAGAAGAUUCAUCCAAGAGAGGCUAUGCCUCCUGCUGUCCAACACCUGCCCCUCUGUCCUUCCCUCCUGGGCACUGGACUGGCCCAGCCCACAGAGCCUUGGGAAACCUGUUGGACAGGACCUUCUCCAUGGACUUUUUGCAGAUUGCAGAGGACGUGUAGAUGAGGGGGCCCAGCCUCUCCCCAGCCCCUCUCCCACAGACCGACACCCAUUCCCACCUCAUCCAGGUGGGAACAGGUCCCAAGCCGGGCAGGCCAACAGGCUCCUUUGUACAGUUCUUACAAUAAACCGUCCCCGGUGCCUCUGA